CAGAGAGAGUGACUCCGCAGCAGACGCGGGGGAAAGUGGACUUCGCAGGGUGGGUAAAUGUGGGCAUCAAGGUGGGAGAGGAGAGGGGAGGGGCCACGUAUCCUCCCAACUUAGCUCAGUGUCCGCGCACGAAUAAGAAAAACUACGCAAUCGGAAGAUAAUUAUGUAACUUUGUGCCUCAACGAACAGCCACAAAGUGUUCCCAGUCGACAGGCUGUGAUUGACAGUCCCUGCGCCAGCCUCUGUAUAAAAGAGGAGGAAGGUCGGAGCGCAGUCACUGCUGCGCCUCCGGUCCUCCAGACUGUGGAUGUCGUGAGCCAAAGUGGACUUAUACGUUUUUUAUUAGGCACAGGGGCUGCAGGAAACCCCGACUUUCAUUCAUUUAAUUCUCAGUUUCAAACCUCAAAUUUUAAGGUUGCCUUUUUGCUGUUGCUGGAUAUACAUCCGAUUUUUAAAAAAGGAACUUGAACUGUUCAGAAGAUAUGAUACUCAGGAGCAGUUUCUACUUGUUACUCCUUUCUUUAUUCCAACAAGCUGCCACUCAAGAUGAACAGCAGGAAGACGAAACGUCAUUUGACUUGUUUGAAAUCAGCCACAUCACACGAAAGACCCUGGGGGCCAAACAAUUUCGGGGCCAAAACUCCGAUGCCCCUGCCUUUCGCUUCAUCCGCUUUGACCACCUGCCCCCCGUAAGCCCCCCAAUACUAAAACAAAUUCUACGUCAGAUCCAAAACAAUGAGGGCUUUGUGUUCGUGGCCAGCAUGCGCCAGGACCGUGGCUCGCGGGGCACCCUGGUCGGUCUGGAGGGCCCUAACGGCCGGCGGCAGUUUGAAAUUGUGUCCAACGGACGUGCUAACACUCUGGAUCUGGUGUACUGGGUGGACGGCUCACAGAACGUGGUCUCCUUUGAGGACGUAGACCUGUCCGACUCACAGUGGAAGAAUAUCACUCUUCAUGUUCACGGGGAGAACGCAAACCUGAUUGUGGGCUGCACCCUGAUAGACAGCUUCAUCCUGGACGAGCCCUUCUAUGAGCACCUGCAGGCCGAGGGAAGCCGCAUGUAUGUUGCAAAGGGAUCCAUUCGGGAGAACCACUUUAGGGGCCUUUUGCAGAAUGUGCGUUUCAUCUUUGACACGCCAGUGGAAGAUAUCCUCCUGAGCAGAGACUGCGAGUUCGAAAAGGAAGAUGAUGCCAAUAUUGUUAGUGAGAGCACAGAAAUGGUGGAUGUAAGCCCCUCCAUCACUACAAACGUCAUAGGUCAGAAGACAGAUGACCUGGGUGCAGAUAUGUGCGAACGCUCCUGUGAGGAACUUAGCACCAUGUUCCAGGAACUCAAAGGCCUCCGUAUUGUCGUCAGCAAUCUUAUUGAUGGAUUGCAAAAAGUGACGGAGGAGAACACAGUCAUGAAGGAGGCCCUUGGGAGAAUGAAGAACUCUAAAGAGAAAAACAUGUGCUGGCAGGAUGGCCGCCUGUUUGAGGACAAGGAAGACUGGGUUGUAGACAGCUGCACCAAAUGUACCUGUCAGGAGUCAAAGAUUGUGUGCCAUCAAAUUACCUGCCCUCCAGUGGCCUGUGCCAGCCCCUCAUUCAUCGACGGCGAGUGCUGCCCUGUUUGCUUACCCAAAGACAGUGAGGACGGCUGGUCCCCCUGGUCAGAGUGGACAGAGUGCACGGUCACCUGUGGGAUAGGUACUCAACAGAGGGGACGGUCAUGUGAUGCAACCAGCAACCCCUGCACAGGACCCUCUAUCCAGACCCGCAAAUGCAGCCUGGGAAAAUGUGACAGUCGUGUUCGCCAGGACGGUGGGUGGAGUUUGUGGUCGCCAUGGUCGUCUUGCUCAGUGACCUGUGGAGAGGGACAGAUUACGCGCAUACGCCACUGCAACGCUCCCGUGCCACAGCUGGGCGGCAAAGACUGCGAGGGGAGUGGGAGAGAAACCCAGAGCUGCACUGCCAAGCCAUGUCCAAUUGAUGGUGGUUGGGGGCCGUGGUCUCCAUGGGCGACAUGUUCUGCAACAUGUGGAGGGGGACUCAAGACUCGCUCACGAGAAUGCAACAGCCCUGAACCUCAGCAUGGUGGAAAGAAGUGUAUUGGGGAGGCUACUGACAGUGACAGCUGCAACAAAGGAGACUGUCCAAUUGACGGCUGCCUAUCUAACCCGUGCUUUGCGGGAGUGGACUGCAGCAGCUCUCCCGAUGGGUCUUGGGAUUGUGGCCCAUGUCCUGCUGGCUUUCGGGGAAAUGGUACCCAUUGUGAAGAUAUUAAUGAGUGUGACAUGGUGUCUGAUGUUUGCUACAAAGUGAGUGGAGCACAGCGCUGCAUCAACACCGAUCCAGGUUUCCACUGCCUGCCCUGUCCAAAGCGCUACAAGGGCAACCAACCAUUUGGUAUGGGCGUGGAAGCAGCUAAAAGAAAUAAACAAGUGUGUGAGCCAGAGAACCCAUGUAAGGACAAGACCCAUAGCUGUCACAAAUAUGCUGAAUGCAUCUACAUCAGCCACUUCAGUGACCCAAUGUACAAGUGUGAGUGUCGCACUGGCUACGCUGGGGAUGGCUACAUUUGUGGCGAGGACUCUGACUUGGAUGGAUGGCCUAAUCUGAACCUUGUGUGUGGUGCCAACACCACUAAUCACUGCGAGAAGGACAACUGCCCUAACCUCCCGAACUCUGGACAAGAGGACUUUGACAAGGAUGGUCAAGGAGAUGCUUGUGACAAGGAUGAUGACAAUGAUGGAAUUCUGGAUGAAAGGGACAACUGUCCCCUACUUUACAAUCCUCGCCAGUUCGACUUUGAUAAGGAUGAAGUUGGCGAUCGCUGUGACAACUGCCCCUAUGAGCACAACCCUGCACAAAUAGAUACUGACCACAAUGGAGAAGGAGACGCGUGUGCAGUGGACAUUGAUGGAGAUGAUAUUCAAAAUGAGAAUGACAACUGCCCCUAUGUAUACAACACUGACCAGAAGGACACAGACAUGGAUGGAGUUGGUGACCAGUGUGACAACUGCCCGUUGCUUCACAACCCUGACCAGACUGACCUCGACAAUGAUCUGGUCGGAGACCAGUGCGACAAUAACCAGGACAUCGAUGAAGAUGGCCAUCAGAACAAUUUGGACAACUGUCCUUAUGUGGCCAACGCCAACCAGGCAGACCACGACAAGGACGGGAAAGGAGAUGCAUGUGACUACGAUGAUGACAACGAUGGUAUACCUGAUGAGAAGGACAACUGCAGACUGACACCCAACCCAGACCAGGUGGACUCUGACGGGGACGGAAGAGGGGAUGCCUGCAAAGAUGACUUUGACAAUGAUAGCAUCCCAGAUAUCCUCGAUGUGUGUCCUGAGAACAAUGCCAUCAGUGUGACAGACUUCCGGAAGUUCCAGAUGGUUCACUUAGAUCCAAAGGGAACCACUCAAAUUGAUCCCAACUGGGUGGUCAGACACCAAGGCAAAGAGCUGGUUCAGACUGCUAACUCUGACCCAGGAAUUGCAGUUGGUUUUGAUGAGUUCAGCGCAGUGGACUUCAGUGGAACGAUGUACGUGAACACAGACAGAGAUGAUGACUAUGCCGGCUUUGUGUUCGGCUACCAGUCGAGUGGGCGCUUCUACGUGGUGAUGUGGAAGCAGAUCACACAGACUUACUGGGAGGACAAGCCCUCGAAAGCCUUUGGUAUCUCAGGCGUCUCACUUAAAGUUGUGAACUCAACCACUGGCACUGGAGAAAACCUGAGGAAUGCUUUGUGGCACACGGGCAACACUCCUGGACAGGUGCGCACUUUGUGGCAUGACCCAAAAAACAUUGGGUGGAAGGAUUACACAGCUUACAGGUGGCAUCUCAUCCAUAGACCAAAGACUGGAUUUAUAAGGGUUGUGGUCUAUGAAGGCAAGCAGAUCAUGGCUGAUUCAGGACCAGUCUACGACAAGACGUUUGCUGGAGGCAGAUUAGGUUUAUUCGUCUUCUCGCAAGAGUUGGUUUUCUUCUCCGAUCUCAAGUAUGAGUGCAGAGGUAAGUUAGAGCCACAGACGUUUAACUUUUGUCGUAGAGAAAUCAGCAUAUGUGCCAUUAUGUGAUGUGUCUCUUUUCUUUCUACCUUUUAGAACACAAGUACAAUUAACACUAGCUUUAGACUGCAUACCAAACAGUGCACAUUUUGUGCCUAUUUGUCAUAUUUCUGAUAUCUGAAUUAGAUUAGAUCAUUCAAAAACAAAGAAUGACAAUAAUGGUAGGGCUUAAGAACAUGUAUAUAUUUUUAAGUAGGUAUAGUGAAAUAUUCACCUUUUUUAUUGAUUUGUUCAUUUUAUGGAUACUGCUCAUUAUUAGAUUAAUAAUGAGAAUGAGAAUUCUUUUCUUCUGUUAUGUAUUAGCAGCAAUAUAUGUUGUCUGCAUAUGUAGAUAUAUUUACAGUAAAAAUGUCAGAUAAUGGGAAAAUGAGCCCUUUCCCUGUUUGAUAUGCAUGAACAAAGUCUUUAAACCUUCAACGUCUUUUUCAAACCUCAGAUAAGCCGGAGUUCCCAACAGUGUUUGUAAGGUAAAGAUUGGAAAGGUUGUGUGUUGUGUGUUGGCCGAUGCCAGAAUAAUCUGCAAAAUUUUUGCUUGUCAGCUUGCCCAUGUACAAUGUCCAAGUUGCAUUGUGAAAGGCCUUGUGUGCUUAUUCAAGGACUUGAGAUCAUCUGCUGUGUGAUUAACAGUGGAAAAUAAGCCUGCAGCCCCAUUUUCAGGAUCACAGCCAUGUUACUGAAGUCACGCUUUUUUAAUGCACACAUUGCACAUGUUUUCCCUGCACCCUGGCACUGUUGACCCUCCAGUUUUAUUGUGCAUUGUACUUCUGAUUUUGCAGGUUAUAGUAAUGGAAGCCUUUUUCUCAAUAUUUCCACAGAUAACUGAAUCAACGAACAUCAAAGGGCAAAAGACAAGAAUCUCUCCAAAUAGUUACCACAUCAUUGCUGAAGCCAUUUCAACCUAAGUGGGAGUUUGCAUACUUGCUUGCUUUGCCUUUAUCCAACAACUGGAGGAGAUAUAUCAGAUUUCCUGGU